AUGAGGUCAGGUGAUCAAAUUGAACCUCCAAAUUAUGAAGAUAUUCAGGAAAUUGAUGGCGACCAGUUUGCCAACGGUACUGGCAACAAGAGAGGUGUCUCACAACGAGGAAAAGCAUUCUUGCCUCCAGAGGACAGAGUUAUAGUGUCUGGCUGGCUGAACAUUUCUACGGAUGCAGCCACAGGUUCAUCUCAGACGAGCAAUGCCUUCUAUGCAAGGCUGCAUCGUUAUUUUGUUCAAAAUUGUGAGACGGGUAGCAGUAGAACCCAACUGUCUAUUCAGAACCGAUGGACAACUAUACGAAAGGAAGUCAGCAAAUUCCAAGCUAUCCACUCGGCUAUUGUUAGAAGGAAUGAAAGUGGCAAGAAUGACUAUGAUAAGAUAAAAGAUGCUAUCAAAGUUUAUGAGCAGAAAAAACCUUGGCAUUUCGCGCAUUGUUGGGAGAUUUUGCGGGAUGAACCAAAAUGGAAUGAUUAUAUGUUGGAGUGUAGCAAGCCUAAGCAAACAGAGAAGGAUAACCAGGCAAUUCAACCCUUGGACACUCCCCCUGCACCAAUACCUACUGCUGGUGCACCUAUUGAACGACCAGAAGGGCGUGACAGCGUGAAGAAACGUCGAACAUUAGUAGAAGAGUCCUCAUCUAGUGUUGCCGUAGAGAUGUUAGAGAAGAUACAUGUGAGAGGUCAGCAGAUGGAUGAAUUGGAAGCAAAACAGAAGGAGGAGUUGAUUGAUAUCGAACGAGCCAAGUUUGAUCUGCAGCAGAAAGCAUUGUUCGCGAAGAUUGAGUAG